UUCAGGAACAUGGUGAGGAAGCGCGAGUGACCCUGUGUUAACUGGUGACUUUUAGGUGGGAGCGAAAUCUAAACAAGAAAGAAAUACAUGUAACGAAAGCGAAACUUGAAAAAACAGAUCUGAUAAUCGAUUUUGACAAAGUGUAAGAGCUGCUUAAACCACGUCAACCGCCAGUGCGUUUGGCUAAAGGUCCCCAGUUAACACGGUCUCCAUUUAGAGCGAAACACCGAGUCGACAGAGACCACCAGCGAACGGUAGCAUGAGCUUUUCUUUUAAACAUGUUUUCUUCCUUUUGUUAUUUCGCGUUCUUGUAAACUAGUAUUAUUUAGUUUUAAUAUCACUUUUUUUUCCAUGUAGGGACGAACUAAGUUAUUUUCCCCUCAACCUCACCUUUAACCUCCUGCGCGCUCCCGUUGUCAAAUCAGUGCGCGGGGAGCGCGCGCUGCUGAAACUGAUAAAGUGAUAGACCCUGAAGAGAGGAGAGCAGAGAAGAGGGGAGGUAGAGGAGGAGGAGAAAGAAAAGACGUUGGGAGGAGGAGGUUAUUACUUUUGAACGUUUUUAUGUGAACUUCAGGAUGUGGGCUUUAAACGUUUGGUUUUCUAUUUCGCGGCUUUUAAUCGCCAUGGACGGUCUAACCGGAGCGACACAGCCGUUACUCCCGUGAUGUUUCUGUUACACUUCGACGGGGAGCUUUAGUGCGUCUAUUUAAUAAUGAUUUUAUUUGGUAAAACGGUGUGUUUCAAGCUUUAGCGUCUGUCUCAUCUUCUUUUCUACCCCUGAAAUAACUGAUACUAACCAGUUCAACCAGACUUUAUCAAACGUUACGGUUCACUUUGCUCCUUCUGUUCGGUUAAAUCACUGUCCUGAGUGUCAGUUAAUGAAAUCACAUGAGAGGAGGAGAGCUGCUUCUGCUGGAUCCUCCUGUCCGGAGCUGCUACUAGUUUAUGGAUUUUCUCCACCUUCACUGACACUGUGAUUAACAACAUGUAUGCGGGACGUAAGAGAAGAAAACCAGCACAGAAGGGGUAAGUUACAGAGAACUUUGGUUUAUGAACUGAGAAGGAAUAAAGUCAAUGAGGUGGUUUCCAGCAAUCACUGGCAAUUUUGGGAGACGAUGAAGCUGGGGCGUGCCCAGAGGGAUGACAUGACAUUCAUUUGCAAUUUAUCAUUUAUAAAACAAUUUUGCAAAUUAAAAUCUAUAAAAUGCAAAGUUUGCACAUUUUAUGCCAGUCCUUUUAACAAUCUGCUUUUUUAGUGGAAAAGAAUCAAGCUCAGAAUAAACACGCCUGUCUGAUAUGUGUAGAUAUUACAAAAAAACUAACAUAAUCAAAUAGUUCAAAAGUCAUGGUAUGCAUAUCUCUACUGAUAUAUCUCAUAACAAAACAAUGAAAACAGGAAAAUAAGUACAAACAAUAUGAAAAUAACAAAGUUGCAGAUAAUCUUUCAUUCUGACGAUGUAAGGUUUGAUUUAUAAAGGUCAUGUCUAAUGAGUUAGGGCCGCUGGAAACUCGAAAAAACUGGCAUUGCAAUAGGUUUUCUGUCAGUGAUACUGCAAUGUGAAAAAUACAGUUAAGUAAUGCAUCUAACUGGUGUAUUCUUAGUGUAUGUACAAUCAGAAAUUAAUAAUUGUCUCUUUUUGGUCAACUUUCCUUUAACAAAACAAAUUUUAUUAAAAACAUUUCAUCAACAAUUUAUCACUAAUUGAUAUAAAGUGGAAAUAGAGUAAAAAUCCUGGCCACAAUACCCAGGUGUCCUUUCACCAGGUCAAAUAUAAACGCUCAGUGAAUGUUUUUGUAUACAUAACCUAGUUUGCUGAUUUACCGUGGUAAAUUUACAUUUUGUUAUAUAUGUACUGCAAAUUUUCAUUGUUGUGUGUCAAGUUUAAGUUAGGAGUUAAAUGCCUAAUGUUGGCUUGUACAUAUUAGUUAAGUAUACUUCGUAUUUUUGGGCCAGUAAAGCUCACUCUGAUAUGCACUAAAUUACUUCCUUGACAUUUAGGCUUAAACCAGCUCCAGCUGAAGGGGCCAAGUCCAACCCGUCCAAACGCCACCGGGACCGUCUGAACUCAGAGCUGGACAGACUUGCUAGCCUUCUGCCAUUCCCUGAAGAUGUCAUCUCCAGCCUGGACAAACUGUCCAUCCUUAGGCUCAGUGUCAGCUUCCUUCGCACCAAGAGCUUCUUCUCAGGUAUGAAACACCACACUAAAAUGAUAAAAAAGAUAUAACAAAAUGCAAACAAAAGUAAUGCAAUUUGUUUAAGUUCUUGCUAGAAUCACAUCUGGUUUCAACAAGAUGACUUUGAUACCAGAGAAAGAAAGUGAAGCGGGUAGAUGUCAGCCUGCAGUUUCCUUUCCCUCGCCUCUCUGCCUGCUGAAGUUCUGAAAUAGCUUUUUCACACCUCACACAGAUCCUGCGGAUACAGAGGCAGAAAGAGACAGGGGUGGAAGGUUUCAAGUAAAAAAGAGAGAGAAGGUCAGAGGGAGUUUCUGGAGGCCAAAACAGAGUGUGAGACUGUGAAAUAAAUCAGGUGUAAAAAUGAAUUUGAAAGCCAGAAACAGACCUGCGAAGAUGACAGUGGGAGCUAAUCCAGGUAGACAGUAUAGCAUCAGUUGGUCCAGUUUACCUUUAAUUACAGACUACCAUCUUUUAAAUCUUUUUGGCCAAAAAAUAAACGGAGAUAGAGCUAAAGAAGGAGUCUUUGCAGCCCGGAGGAUGGAGCAGGGGAGGGGUCGUAUGCAAGUGCAGUAGAAUGGGAAUGGAUGGUGGUCUGGGUGAGUUUUGGGGCAGGGGGAUGGUUUAGGUUGCUGCGUCUGGACUGCGUGGUUUUGACUGCAUUUAAGAAGUGCUGAAGUGCAGCGGAUUGGCUUUGUCAAGGAGUUAGCAGGCUUAGAGGGGCAGCAGAUGGAUUUGGGGUUGUAGAUUUAUGUGUCUGUCAGUCUGUCAGACUUGAAUGAGUUUCCAGACUUAAAGAUACAGAAAUCAUUCCAACAACAACAAACAUCCUCACUAAAUGUGUGGUACCUCAAUCCUGCAUGUUGAGUUUUAUCUGUAACAAAGGGCUAAAGAUAUGAAAACAAGAAUCUGUGAGUCAUCCCUCAUUACUUGGUAUGUUUUAAAGUUGUCUGUUUGCUUUAAUACAGACCAGCUUACAGUAUGGCCUUUUUAGAGUCAGUUUGAGCUUGAUGGACAAAUCUGCUUUUAAUUCCCUUGUUUCCUUAUUACACUUUGGUCCUCAGGCCAAAGCGUCCUGUUUUCUUUUGAGAUUAGGGCUCAUCCUAGUUUUUGAUAUCAGGAUCUGAUGUUAACAUGUCCCUGUACAAAGACAAGGACCAGGAUGUUCACAUAAAGACAUAAAGAAAUAUUCAGCCCUCUGCUCUCACUUGACCAAGUGUUGUAUUUAACAGAUUGUCCUGCACUUAAACCUGUGAUUAAAACCCCCGUCAGAUGUAUGUGUCACAUGCUGAUCCUGCAGAAACAGGCCAGCAGACCCAUCUGUGUCAAAGAGCAUGAACUGUGUCGACCCCCUCUCAUCCUAAUGUCUUAAUACAACCUUAACGUAUUGUAGGUCAGCUCCUCUUGCCUGUGGCCAUAAGUCGACCCCAUCCCAAAGCCUCAGCUACACAGUAAUGUAGGUCUGAAGCGACUGCUGCUUUACAGCGAGAGAGAGGAGGUGGGAGGAGGAGAUGAAAGCCUCUGAGAAUAAAAACACGGCGGGAUAAUCCAUUCACGACCGCUUUACAGACCGUUUGAAGGAAGACGGGGGGGAGAUGGGAGCCCACUUUCAACUUUUGACUCCUGUAACCUCAGAGAAACCCGGCUUUUAGGGGGUUUCUCUUGUGCUUUUAACCUGUAUCUGGUCUUUACAGGAAAGAUGACAUUAGCUCUUUCAGUGGUGCUCUUAACAUGCAGAAGUACUAGGUUAGGUUUAGGUGAACGCUCCUCCACACACUCUGUUGUUCUUUCAGGCUGAGUCACGAUUCACUUCUUGGCUUUUAGCUCCAGCUAUUUGACAAAACUGACCAAACAAAGGAAUUAUUCACACAAAUUAAGAUGCAUAGUGCUCCUCUCAGGUGUAGGGCCAGGAUAAUUGUUGUUUUCCAGAUUUGGUUUCAUCGAUCCAAUCCACUUAAAAUUGAAAAAUCAUCGAUUGUGAUUCUUACGCAAUGCAUUAUUAUAGUUUUCUUUGUGCUGAAGUUUAGGAAGAAAUUCAAUCUCAUACUCAAGAAGAGACUUGAGCUGAAUUGAACUCUUCUGCUACACAAAAGAGGAUAUCUUUAAAACCUGUGAUUCCUUUUUACUUUCUUUCUGAGAUUUCUUUUUGACAUCAUCAUUUCUGGUUGUGUUCACUGUUUCUCUCUGUCAGAUGUUCUUCCAUCUCAUGUUGCAGCUGACACAACAGAAGAAAAGGAUAAAUGUAAUUCUGUGCACUUUGUGAAAAACUCAUAUGUGUCACUUUAUUUAUACCAAAAUGUCUUGCUGUGAAAUAUACACAAACCUACUGUCAUGGCACAAUGAGUGUUAUAUAGUGAUCUCUGAAAGCCUGGAUUGAUAUGUGGUGGUCAUACUGGUGUAUUUCCAGUGCCUGGGUCAGUUUGUGUGUUUGUCUACAUCUGUCCUCGAGUGAAGCCAUCUGUCAACUGCUUAAAGCCGAUUACCUCCAACUUAUGUAACACAUCAUGAUUUACAUUACUUCCACCUCUGUCACAUGGAGAUUUCUUACAACAAUGUAGAAAAAAUGACAAUUAUCUCUCUCUCUUGUUUUGGAACAAUUUUUAAAGAUACCAGGAUAGAAGUUGAUCACUGAAAAUAAUAACAUUGAUGAUUUAGAUCCCUCAUGAAUAUUCAUUAUGAAUCUUUUCGAGCCCAACACUAACUGACACACUGUCGUUUGAAGCUCAUCCUCCCUGUUGUUGUUCAUGUUGUCUUUUGGGAUAUGCUCUCCCCUCUUUAGCCCUGCUGCUGCUGCUGCUGCAUUGGCUUGAACCUUUAAAAGAUUUAUUCCAGCCUCAAAUCUUGUGGGCUGGUGGUGCUGCUGGUGUUGGGGGUUGAGACACUGGAUUAGAGGGGUCAUUGUUUGUGUCAGCGUCCCUGUAGAGCGUCUGUGGCUCACAGGUUCCACCUUCUUUCAUGUUUAAUUCAAAAUGUGUGUGCAGUUCUUUUUUAGUUGUUGUUAAUAUGCAAAGAGCUCACCAACACUCUUAUUCAUUUAUAUCUGUUUAUAUAGCAGGUUUUGGUGCAGGCAUAUUUAUUUACCUCUUAAUUGCAGUAAGUAGGUGUAAUAUACAUUUACUCAGACUGUAAGUUUUGAAGUUGCUUUGAUUUUAAGCUGCUUUUACUCCAACACAUCUCCGAGCCCAGUACUUGUUCAUGAGAACUUUUUAUCCUCCAAACAAAACUGACAGUUGAAUUCAUUUUAAAGCUGAGAUUAAUACAAAAUAAAGUCAACUCAAACAUGCUGAUGACAAACAUAUGAAAUAAAAAAAAUGAGAACUGAAGUGAGAAACACAUGAGCGUUUUUACUGCAGUAGAAGUACUUUGAUUCUGCACGCUCAGAGAAUCUGUCUCUGAGUUUAUUACGCACAAAUUUUCUCAUCUUGAAAAUCAGAUAUUUGGGCGUUGAAUUCUCUGUUCUUAGCGAUGAUCUCACUCAGGCGGAUGUGUAGACCUUUCUUUAUGUUGAUGUUUUUGCAUUUGUGAAAUGACUCAGAGGGUCUGUUGUGAUGUUUUUAUCGGCUGUUGGUGUCCUCGUCGCCCUCCGAUGUGCCAACAGAUGUCCCCUCCCCUCCGCUCCUACCCCGGGUCGCCUCGGGGUGUUUUUUCUUGCCGACGGCUCCUGUUCAUGACGUCAGGGCGCAAAAUACCCUCUCCACCCCUCUGAGCCUUUAAUUAUUGAUAGUCGACAUGCUUUUCCUGUUCCCUCCCUCGGCCUGUGAGCUUCCACUAUACUGAACUCUUUUAGCAACAGUGCUGCUUUGUGAGGUUCAUUUUUACAAGAGGAGACAAUAUUCUGCGUAAAGGUAACUACACAGCAGUCAUGGCACAUUCUUCAUACCUAAAGAUGACCAUACUAAAAGAGGUUUAUGUCUGAUUCUGACCAGCACCCAAACAAAACACACUAAGACUCAUUUUUGUUCCCUUCAGGCAGCCGUAGUCUUUUUCACCAUUAGCUUGGAUGACUUUUCAAAAACUCUAGUUUUAGAGAAAGUUUUUCUGAUUCUGAUUAAUGUGCGUGUAUGUGUUACUUAGGGUCCUGGUCAUGGUUAGUAGACUCGGACGACCUUCAUUCUGACUCUGACCCUGCCCCCCCUUCCCAGAACGCUGUUUGGGAGACUGAAGACGUUGACAAUGCUGACCUACCCCUGUUCACCGGCCCUACUAGGUCCUACAGCCUGAGACAGCCUUUGUCUGACUAGGGGAGAAUAUGUGUACUGUUCCUUUAACAACUUCACUAUCAUAAUGACGUCACUGAGUGGCGCCUCUGCUGUGGUCAGUUGAGGAGACGAGGACAAGAUGAGCGGAGUACCGUGAGACCUCUCUGUCGUGUAUGGUAUCGCUAACAUGUUUAUUUAAACACAAAGUUAAAUAACUGACACGCAGUGGUUUUAGUUUUAUUUCUAGAUAUAAAAUAUGAUCAAUUAUUCCUUCUGGAGGCCAUUUCAUGGAAAAAAGGUUCCCUCUGGAUGUCCCCUUGAUGCCCCUCCGGUAUAUAAAAGCUGCGGCUCGGAUGCUUUUCCAUUAUUACAGUGGAUGGCUCGGCCUGUUGGGGACUCGUCCUCUGCAGGGUUGAAAAAAAAUGGCCGGGUCAUAUGUGAACGUUAGUUUAUAUGAGUGUGCGCCCACAGGAGAGGAGCAGCUGUUUACAGCUUUCUCAAUAACGAUGCUAAGUUGGGUGAUGUGUGUUUACCUACGACCUGGUGCUGGAUCCAUGUCAUGUAUCAUGGUUACUUUCUGUCUCAUGCCAUUAGCUCUGCAGCUGAUGCACACAAAGACUCCAUUAAUGGUUAUAAAGAGAUACCAUGGACCUUUAUUGAUCCCUGCAUGGAAUUUGGGUCGUGAUCAGAAGGAGCCGUUUGAUUCGGUCGACCCUUCACUCUUUGUAUUGUUUGCAGCACUCAGAAACUUCGCCUUCCAUUAACAUCUCAGAAGAGCUCUUUGUUUUCUUCAGACCGCUCUCUCAGACCUCACGCGUACGGUCAAAGGCAGAGUGCAGGCCUCUAUGUUUUUCGUUUCCAGGUCAUAGGUCACAAAGAAACCCCUCUGAGAAGCUUUGUGUGUUUAAUAUACAGGAAAUCUGGCAGUCUCAAUAUCUGUCAAUAAACUUUGAUCAGGAUUGUUUUUAUCAAACUGUUUGCAGGCUUAUCAAGUGAAAUGGAAAACAUCAUUACCAUCUGUCUAAUUUUGUUAACGCUAUGUUUUGUUCUUUUCCCCUCUUUGCCUUGAGAGGUGUUAUUCCCUUUGUUUGGUAGCCUGAAAUGCCCUCUCUGCUACGUGUCAGUAGUGGUGUUACUCCCUCAGGUAGAGGAGGUGUUGCCUACUCUCAGUCUUUGAUUCACACCACUUUCAGUUACUUCUUUGCUGCGUGAUGCAACAUUUUAAAAGAAAAUUCUAACACCAUUUUCUGAAGAUCUCCAAAUUACAAGAGGCUCCUGUCUGGUGGUUCUCUGUCCUCCUAGUGUAUUUCAGCAGCAUGUUGCUGUGGCUCUGAGUCAUGAUGAGAGAUUCUUGUGAAGGGCUGUUAAAAGAAAGGAGAGUCUGUGAUAGAAUGAGGAACAGCUGCAUAGAUGUCUGAAAAUUGUUGUUAGUCUUCAUCCAACAAUCCAAAAUGUAAUCAGUGUUAUGUUUUUCUAGAUAAAUGUCACAGUCACUAACUCUUUCCCCUGCUUCUCUCUCUCUCUCUCUCUCUCUCUCUCUCUCUCUCUCUCUCUCUCUCUCUCUCUCUCUCUCUCUCUCUCUCUCUCUCACCCCCUGCAGUGGCUCUGAAGAACCAGCUGUCCAACGGCAUCAACAAGAGCAGCAAUCAUGGCGAUGACAGCAGAACGUCAGGAUCUGAGGACAGCCGGGUACCUGAGGGGGAACUGCUGCUGCAGGUUGGUGAGCAACAAGCCACCAUGUUUCUGUCAAACUCUAUUUAGUUCUACUGAUGAGCUCUGCUUUUUACUGUAAGCAUGGCCACUGCUGUAUAAACUAACGGGACGUGUUUUAUGGACGUGCAAAGAGUUGAAAGUUAAUGAAGGUUUCUUAACUGAACAAAUGAGUUAACACUUUAAAACAACUGUGUACGAUAAGUAUCUGUUAAUGGGUUUGAUUAUCCUCUGUACUCUGAUUCACCUCAGGAAGGGUUAUAUCUGGAGUUGACUACAACAGCAGCAGCAGCAGCAAGUGGCUUUUUCAAAAGCCGAUAAAAAUGUUUAUGGAGGAGAGCAGGGUAAGAGGAGACGCAUUUAUUUGCUGGGGAUCAUUGUAGGGACUUCAUUUGCUUUCUGAGACAGAGUAAGUCUGACUUGAUGAUAUCGGUUUAGCAUUUCUUUGGUUGCUCUUGAAUGAGAGAGAAGGAGGAAGGGCGUGGGAGAAGGAGCGAUUUUUAGACCUGGGUUGGAUGAUGGCUGAGAGGAGAAAAGUUUGAGAAUUCACACUUUUAUGCUCAGGUGAUAUAAGAGGUGAGAGAGAAAGAGGCCUGGUCCUUCUGCACAGGGACUGAUGUUAGAAUCACUUAAUUUCAAGAUGAUGAAAAUAUGUCUUUGUUACCUUACACAGUUAUUAAGUGGUGCACUCUGAAGAGUUAUCUGCUCUCAAACCAUUCAGACAUGUUCAGACAAAGAUCCGAGACAGACAUGAGCACAAUCUCAUUUCUGUGGCUUUGAUUGAUUAAUUGAUACAUUCAUUGAUCCCCGAGGAGUAAGUGGGUCACUGCAGCGGUGAAGAAAGGAAGGAUGUGUUGGUGUGGAGGGCAACAUCUUCCUGCCUUCAGCUGCUCUCUUCCAUUACAGACAUCGGACCAUGAAUUAUACAGAGCCGGUGAAUACAUCCAUUAUUGAAGUGAGGGGGUUUGGAUGAAGUGUGUGUGUGUGUGUGUGUGUGUGUGUGUGAGAGAGAGAUGGGGCAAAUCGAGUAAAAGCAUUUAAAAUAUGCUUAGAUGUUUCACAGUAUAUCACACCACCCCACAGAGCACACUCUCCAUGUCUGUCUUUCACACACAAAACCCACUCUUCCCCACUAAAGCAGUAAGACAUUUCUGUGUGUUCGUUUGAGGAUAGUGAGGUCAUAUGUUUUUUAUGCUUGAUCAUAUCAUAAAAAGGGUCAUGCCCAAAUUAGAUAACCCGUGAUUCUGAGGAAGAAAAUAAAACGGAGGGAACAAACCAGCUGCAGAUCGGAGUUUGAAUCGUUUGGUGAGAAAAACUCAUUCCGUUCCGGUGACACAGAGAGGGUUCCCGUGUUUCCUGACUGUGUUUGCUAUCAUAGGGUUGUCAUCUGACAGAGACAACAAACACGCCUGCACACACACACACACAAACACACACACACACACACCCUCAGUCUCAGGAGAGUGAGAGGUUGACUGAACACGAUAGAGAGGGAGGGAAAGAGGGGGAGGGAGGGAGGGAUGUGUUUUCUGCAGACAGAUGAACACUACAGUAAAUAUUUAUACACAGUGCCUGUACGCCACUUCACUGUGUACUGUAUGUGUGUUCAUGUGUGUGUCAGGUACAUGUGUGUGUUAGAAAGUGUUGGGCGUGGUCUUUUACUGCAGGUUGCAGCUUUUGGAGCAUUUGAGGAGCUGAAAUCCUGAAUGUAAAUUUGGUCAUAGAAAACUAAUAAUGGAUUCAGUGCCCAAAUUCCAGGCUUGCUUGGUUGAUUUAUUUAUUGAUUUAUUGAUUGAUUUAUCAGAAAAUUUUUUCUGAUUGUGCUAGAAAAGUGUGUAAAUUUGAACUUCCCAUAUACAACAGCGCUGUACGUACUGUAUAUACACUUGCUGUGUCAGGACUAUUUAAACAUUCCACUGUGAUUCGGUUAUAAAUGAUCAUUGUUGACAGUUUAAAAAAAAAAGCAUAUUCAUAAACGUGUAAGUGACAAAUGAUAAAAAGUGUUUUUUAAAUAAAUCUUCUGGUCCAAAUGAGCUCACCUCUGACUCUAAAAAAAAGAAGAUGAAGAUUUCCAGCAGGCUGAGUUUUUCGAUCAUAGACAGAAUAAUAGAUAAUACCAUCAUGGUUCAGUCCACAUCUUGUACAAAGGUUGGAAUAAUGAGCAUAUUUCCCCUUGGCUUCAGUAACUUUAACACCAAGGAAUCAGGCUUGCAGUGCAUUACAAACAAUUCUAUGUCAGCCAUUGUUGUUGGUUCUUUUCUUGCCUCAUUUAGGAGUAAUUCACCCAGACACGUACAGGACAAAUGAAAUGAGAUUUUAUUCUCUCUAGACACAUAUUGUCGCUAUCGUUGCUCCUUCUUCUCAAGUGUGAAUUAUUCAGCGGCUGAGAGAAGCUGUCUUGUUUUAAGGCUGGUGGUUAUGCAUUUUUGACAUCAUGUAAUGGACUUUCAAAAUGUAUUGUAAAGUUUUAACCUGAUGAUACGACUCUGAGAAGACCUUUCCAGCCUUUGGAUGAGGGUUGGAUUAACCCCGUCUCUUCAGAUGGAAGUGUGUUGUUCGUAAACCCGUCUUCAUCUUUGUCAGGGAGGUGUGGGUGGAUGCUGGCAGGAUGCCGUGGUGGCUCUUUACGGUGUCGGGACUCAGUGUCAUCACCUCCUCACAGAGCCCCAAGGCUGCAGGAGAAGCCAUGAUGGAAGUGUUAGUCAUCCAGUAGUAUUUUGAACCAAUGUCCACUCCUGCCUGUACUUCUCAGCUUCAUCUCUUUUUACUCUCAGGCAGAUGUUUUCGUUAUUCUUUUGAGAGAAGGACACAAAGGUUCUGUUUUGAAAAUCUAGACUUGAAUGUGAAUUAGGAAUCCUCAAAAACAGAUUUUGAAGUAGCUGACAUCAGGCUGGAUCAUUUUAUGUAACAGUGUAAGAAAUAUACAUUCAAAGAAACUUCCAAACAAACAUGCAUACUUUUCCUCUCUGCAGGCUCUGAAUGGCUUUGUCCUGGUGGUGACAGCUGAGGGAAUCAUCUUCUUCUGCUCUCACACCAUCCAGGAUUACCUCGGCUUCCAUCAGGUAACUCCCCCUGUAGAUUGCAAGUACGAGUCUUAAACACUGAGUCGCUAAUAUCAUCCCAGCACCAGAUUCUUAACUAAUGUACAUACAGAGUGAGAAGUUUAAUCCAAUUGGGUUCACAACAACACAGCGCUUCCUCUAGUCUCACGUCAUCAUGGUGACUGUGAUCAUCAGAGCAAUCUACACUACAGUCUACACUCACAUGUUUGUGUACUUGGAAUGAGCCUGAAUCCAAAUAGGAACUCAGGAAACAACAAGAUAUGGAGACUUUUUAUAUUUCAGUAUGGUGUAAAAAUAAACUAUACUCUGUAAACUAUAUUUUAGAAUCAAUGUGAAUGAAUUCAUUUCCUCGAUUGAAAAAUACAGCUGUAAUUUAGUUCAAACUCAGGGGAGCCACACUCACUUUUGUUUUUCUGUCUUCAUACAACAACAAAGUCUCUGCUGCACACUCCAAAUGUCUACUGUACUCAGAUACCCAUCCAAAAGACGGACAUAUUUAUUUUUUGCACACAUUUUCAUACUCACACCAUCCAUGGAGAGGGGGUGCAAACAUCACCUCUCAACCCCUAUUUCCCCUUCCACCUGAUGCUCGUCACAGCAGAUUUAGCACACACAUCCAAAUCUGUGGUGAAGGUGCUGUCAUUGCUCAGGAAGAGUGUUUGGGAACAGCACCUGGUGAAAACCUCGGCUGUCAACAGCUUUUGUAACACCUUCAAAAUAGGACUUAAGUGAAGAAGUGUGUCAAGAAAACAAUUUUUGGAGACAGAGUUGACAUUUUUGGAGCUUUUCAUGACUGCUUAUACCAAGAGUGACUUAGAUUAAGAAAACUUGACCUUUUAAAAUGCAAGAACUGGACCACAGGACCAGUUCUAAAGCAACAAAUAGAAAAUGUGUAAAGGUCUGUGUUGUUCACCAAGCCUGAAAAACCUGUUUGUUUCAUGUAGUUGUUUGACUAUCUUGUGCUAAGUGAAGAUCGUCGCUCUUAUUCCUACUUGACUUUUUUUUAACCUUGAACCUCCUUCUCCUAUCCUAACACAGCAGUACUUCCUAAAGUCAACAGUCAGACUGCAUCAUUCCCAGAAACAGUCAGGAAAAAUAAACUAUCUGUUUGAAAAGUUUUUCAGGUCAAACUUGGAAACCUUCUGUUUUUGAUGACCUGAGUUUGACCCACACAGGGAGGCUGGUCCCACACUGCUCCUAAACCAGGUCAUGCUGGGUCUGGACCUCUGUUAUCAGGGUCACAGCAGGUCUUUGGCUCUGAUUCAACUAUUUGAAUCAAACAAUAAGCGGCACUUGAUUUCUUUUGGCUCGACUUCAAGGCAAACUAAAUCAAAUGCACCCCUCAGGGUGCCUGCUGAUAAAACAUCUACCUGAAUAAUCCAGUCCUCUGCUCAAGCUUAUCUCUGUUUUGAUUUUAUUCAUUUAUUUUUCUAAAUUCAUCUUGAUUUACCAUAAUCUUUAUUUAUGAAAAACUGUUCUCUAUGUUUUCCUUUCAGACUGAUGUGAUGCACCAGAGUGUGUUUGAGCUGAUCCACACUGAAGACCAGCAGGAGUUCAGGAGAAACCUGCACUGGGCCCUCAGCCCCCCUGCCAGCCUGGAACCACCAACAGAUUGCUCAACAGGUGUGUCAACUUAAGACCACUCAGUGAAUCCAAAAGAGCUGCUCAGGGUUAUAUGAUCAGCUUUUUUGGUAUCCAUACCUUUUCUGAUACUUGCAUUUGUUUUAAUGGUGGAAAUUCAGUGUUUGUUUCUUACUUUUUUCAUGUUUGCAUCACAAAUGAUUAUAUUUGAUAUAGUGUGUUAUAAAGCAAACAGGCUAAUAGCAUUCAUGCAUCAUUUAUUGGGCCGGUCUGUCUAUCUGGGAUCCACUGUUUUAGUCUAUUAGUGGAUUGUUAUCCAUCAACUAUUAACACCAACUGUCCUCUCUUUCAGUGCUCACUGGUUUGCAUGUUUGGUUUUCAGAUGUUGCAUCAUAUUGAUUAUAUUGAAUGCUCGACUGCUGCUGCCUCACUCAACAAUCAUAUUUCAUAAAUUGCAAGUGACUAUUGGACAAUUUUUGCUUUCUGGUGCCAACAUUUUGGCCACGUUGUUCAUUCUAUAAACAGUUCAUGUUUUCUUCUGCAUCACAUCAUCAUAGAUGUCCAAAUCAAACGUUUAAAUUCAGUUUUGAGAAGUGAAGCGGAAGAUUAAAAGCCAAACUGACAUUAUUUUUUCCCCUCUGAAUGCGACCUCAGGUCACAGAGAGGGCGAGAAGAGGUGACCUUUAAAUGGAGCCUCCUGAGAUGUGCUCUAAAUGUUACAGUACACAUAUUUAUACACACACACACUCACAAACACAUGCCUACUCACCGUUCAUCAGCACACACACACACACACACACACACAUAUUUAUACUAUACAAACAAAUACACACACUCUUGUCAUUUUGCAUUAAGUCAGGGUCAGUGGUUGAUGAGAGACACACAAACAACCUUACAAACACACACACACAAACAUGGUCAACAACAUCCGAUUUUCAGCCUGUUUUCUUUUAAAAGCAGAGGAUUGUCCUCAGACUUGUAUGUAAACAGAAUGAGAAAUGAUAAAGUUACGUUUAUGUCCUCAGAUGGGGAGUCAGUGUCAACUUCCUGCUUGGUGAGAUACAACCCCGACCAGCUUCCACCCGAGAACUCGUCUUUCCUGGAGAGAAGCUUCGUCUGUCGUUUCCGCUGCCUGUUGGACAACUCCUCUGGUUUCCUGGUGAGGCUGAAAUUUCAAUUUAAAACAACUUUAUUCAUCUCAAAAGAGCAGCUCAAAUCCACAGAUUUACAUACAUACACUCAGUUGGUGAGAGGAAAGGAAAAUACUUUUACUCGGAGUCAGUACGACUACAUUUGCUUCCUUUAAUCACGCUUAACCAAGGAGGAUGGCUCUGAGUAACUUGAUUGGUAUUGAGAGGAGCAUUAAUUUCUGCUGAUUAUAACAAUCCUGUUAGUACAACAAACUGGUCAAAUUAAUCAUAUUUUGAGAUUUGUUGUGUUUUUAAGGUUCAUUGGUGCUGCUGGCAGUAUGGCGUGCCACCGCAGAGUCCCUCAGGGAUAAGAAGCCACCAUUUACUCCUGUAAUCCGUCUUAAGAGAGCCUUGGGGUCGUGGGGAAAGGGGCCUUAAUCCUCCCACCACCUAGAGGAGACAAGAGCAGAGGGGGAAACUUGCUUAGUCAGAGUUGGUAGCUCCAGUGCACCCACUGCUACUUCCACUAAGACAAUUAGUUGCAUAAGGAGGGAAACAUGCUGAGAUUCGGUGGCAGUGCAAAUCCCUGAAACCUGUUGGGAAGACUAGGGAAGAGUUCCAUUUGCAUGGCUCCUCAGGGGCCAUACCAUUUGUAAUUGAACCCACAUUAACCAACAUCAGUCGUUUACUAAACUGUAUCUGUUUUCUUUAUUCAAUCUCAUUGGAUUUAAGGCCAGUUGUGGGAUUAAAAAAAGAGAUCUGAGAGAGUUUCGUGGUCCUAUUUCGGCUUUCACAGUACACUCCUAUAUUUUAUGAAUCCAACUGUUGUUUGCCAGAACUGCCAUUCCCAUCAUCUUUCAUAUUUGUUGACAAUUUGUUGAAAAUUCUGGUAGCUAAUAAGGACCCUCCAGCAGGGCUGAGUGGGCUUGAAGGUGGACCUGUGCUCCCUCCCAGUGUGUUUGCGUGAGCAGUAAGCCAGGUUUCUGCUUCUGUCUACUGGUCACUAUGGCUUUGUUUUAGUAAUCCCUCCUGCUAUUCAGGGCUAGAUUCCUGACAUCACGACUGCAGGCCCUUAAACCCACCAAGGUCAAUUAACCAGAGCUAACAGAGGAGGUGGGGGUCCUCACACAAGGUGGUAGAGGGGGUUAGAGGAGGACAGCAGACAGGAGAAAGUUUUUUUUUACCAUGUUGUAAACCUCAAACCUGUGGGAGGCUGCUUGGUAUUGAUCUAAAAAUGAUGCUGCACGGUUCUUCUCCCCUCUCCAAAAAAAGGUUUGGUUUGUUGAGUCCACUGAGUUGCUCUCUUUAGCAGCAGUUUGACUAACAAACAGCGUGGGUGAAAGCAGCACUCUUGUUUCCUAAGUAUCCUAAGUAUUUACGUAGUUGUGAGGGCUGGAGGAUGAUGUCAAGUGUUCAAAAGCUGUGAAAAGCAAACCUCUCGUCAAUCCAGACACCAGAUGGGUCUGGGAAGUUUGUUUAGUUGGUGAUGCUUGAAGAAACACUGAGAUCAUUAGACUCAAUCUACUUGAAUCAUUUGGGUUUGUAUUUGCAAAUUUGUUUGAACAAAAAUCUUAAAGGUCGAGUUUCGUCUUCAUCCACCUCCUACAUCUCAGAUCGAGCAAUUAAUGAACUCAUCUUCUAGUUCAGGGGCUCGGUGAUUUUAACACUGUUUGUAAACAUUCAGUGAGUCAUGUGACUUGGGGGGGAAAGUAGCUGGAGGGUUUCCAGUCAUGGCCACAAGUGCACUAGUCUGUUUACAGUCAAUUGAAGUGUGAUUACUGUCUGCAUUACACAGCAGUAUAAAUAAGACUAAUGGUUUCUGACAGGGGGAAAAGAUGAAGGGCUCACUGGAGAGAGUCUUAGGAGAGAGAGAUUCACAGCUUUUGAUCUAUAUGUGCUCCACUUUCAGGCGCUGAACAUCCAGGGUCAGCUCAAGUUCCUCCACGGUCAGAGCCGUCAGCAAAGUGACACUGAGGGAAGUCCCCCACCUCAGCUUGCCCUGUUUGCAAUCGCCACACCCCUACAGCCUCCGGCAAUCCUGGAAAUCAGGACCAGGAAUAUGAUCUUCAGGACCAAACACAAACUGGAUUUCACUCCCAUGGCCUGUGAUGCAAAGUACGUCCCAUCUUGACUCAGAUUCAGUUUUGUUCAUUUGCAUAGGGACCACUGUACAUGUGUGGCUACAAUCUUAUAUCUCUGUUAAUCCACUUUGUUUUAGGGGUAAAAUCGUUUUGGGCUACACAGAGGCAGAAUUGCGAGUUCGUGGUUCGGGGUACCAGUUCAUCCACGCUGCCGACAUGCUGUACUGCGCUGAAAAUCAUGUCCGAAGUAAGUCACGUGAAAGUGUCUGGUGUGAACGGGAGGGCUUGACCGCAUGGCUGCGAAGCUUUGACUUUGACCUUUAAGGAUAAAUCAUGACGACUUCAUUUGAAAAGAUUUUUGUUGACCCCAAAUAAUGGACUAAGUGUGCUCUUGCUUGAAAUGAAAGUAGGGAAAAUAAGGCGUGUAUUUAAGGUUUUGAGCUAUUUAGGGAUAAGUCAAGAUGACAUUAUUUGUAGAGCACAUUUAAAAACUGUCAGUGUUGGCCUGUGUGCUUUAUGGAUUAAAAAGGUCAAUUUUAAGGGUUACUUGCAUGUUAUCAGCCCUGUCAAAAGCAGCCCGAGGUCCACAAGCACAAGGACAGUUGGGUUUCAAGGAUGAAUCAUUAAAAUCAGAUCAUUAAAAACUCAUGAAAGUGCAGUUUUAGAAAAGUUACAUCAUAGUAGGUUAGAGUCCAAACUCUGGGCAACCAUUUCUUUUGCAGAACUCUUGAGGAUUUAUGCAGUGAUAAGGAUUUAUGUGAUUUGGCCGUGCACCACAACCAUACUCACCACGAGGAUACUCAGAGGAAAAGAGCUUAAUGCACCAUGGAACAUAAAAUGACACUGAAAUUACGAUUUAAGGAGGGCCUCCCCUCUCAAUUAUUCUUAAUUUUGGUUUUUCUUGUACCACCAAACAUGACACUUGCAUCUUCCUACCCAGCUGCAAUCAGCACAUAUUCAGAGUCAGUCUGAUUUGACCCACCUGCCAUGUGUGGCUCAACAUAACAUUUGUAACGUGCAUCAAACAAGCAAACAAUCACUCUGUGUGCGUCCGCCGUUGACGGAGGAAAUCUCUGAGCGCGAGUCAAGUGUCCUACUUAGCUCGUGUACCGGAUGACCCGGUUAGUUGUAACCAUGGCACCCCCAAUGCACUGCUAUCAGACACACUCACACAAACACACAAAGGCAGAUACUGUACGUAUGUAGUCAUGCAUACAGGAGCAGAAACACAUGCAUACGUAUUUGGAAACAACGCUCAGCUACAUGAACUCAUCACACUCUUCUGCAUGCACAGAUGGAUGUGGGGCCAGGUGUCCAUGUAGCGCUUGAGAAUCUACAGGAGAAAACCCAUGAUGUCCUCCCGCAUCGAAACAUUUUGAGCAGGGAUGUUUAGGAUAAUAUGAAUAAGACAAUUUAAAUAAGUCUAACUCUCUUGAGUGAUUCUGUUCUGCACUGUCUCUGCUCAAAAAGAGGGUCUUUGAGAGAUUGUGUCUCCUGCGAACAUUGACUGUGUAAUCCCACAGAUUAUGAGGAGAGUAAACAGAUGAGGCCACCACAGCUCUGUUCACCAGAGAGCCUCUGCUUAUUGUGAAUAUCUCAUUGAUGGUGAUAGAGUGUGAUUGCAGUUUCAGGAGGAAAAGGACAAGCUGGGCUGUAAAGUAACGUUACAGGUCAGAGAGUCUCUGAGCUUCUAUGUUUGGACGAGUUUGUCCACAAACAUAAAUAUUGCAGUUUUUUUUCAAAGGUCAGCAUCUGGAGGCUUUUACUGCUAUAAAUAUUCAGUUAUGAAUGAGAAACUCUCUACAGCAGAGGUUCUAAAACUCUUUUUAAUAAUGCACCCCCUCGGAGAGAUCUUUUUUUGGCAGUUAAAAAAAACAGAAUAAAAGUUGCAUAAGGGGUGCAAAUUGUGAGUUAUGCCCUUUAUUGAUCCUGAAAUAAUAUCAAUCAAUUAAUUGUAACUUUGAAAAAAUUCCCAAAGAAAAAUCUGCAUUACUGCAUUUUAUUGCAUAGAAUUGAGUGUACUCUACAGACACAGAACAGAAGACAAGCUGUACAUCAACAUGCAGAGCGGGCUCAUAAAAAUAACCUCCACAGACAUAUAGUCGUACAGAAUGAAGCUCAAACUACCAAACAUGGAAUUGCUACGACAAGGGAAUCAAACAGGAAAAUAUUUCGGAGCAGAACCGGAUCACAAUAAGUCCAGCUGCAUGGACAGUAAUGUUUUGUUUAUGGGAAUACUAAUCCUCUGAAGUUUGAUUGAUUGAGGUCUCAUUUUUAAGAGGAUCUAGAGGAAGCAUAAACGACCACCAUCUCCUGCUCGCUGUGUUCGUAGAAAAAUGGAGUUGGAGUGACCCUGAUGACAAAUCAGUUACUGCAGAAUAAAAAGCACUGCACAGAAUAUCCAUCAUGCUGGAUGUUUUGGUCCAUUUUGAUUUGGACAAGAUCCAGAUGGUGAGUGGCACACAGUUUUACUGUAUUGACUGUAGAAUUGAGACUAUGAUGAGAAAGCAGUGUAAAUACAGUAUGUUGGAAUGGUCAGUGGGCAGUGCUCUGGUAUUCAGAGUUUGAUUUGUCUUUAUGAAGUAGUGCUUCCUCUCUACAGUGAAACAACAGGUGUUAUCCCAAACCCCUAGCCCAAACUCAAAUCUUCCCCAUUACUUCACACGUGAGACUGGGAGGCCCGUUUAGAAACCAGACAGCGAAAAAUAUCCGACAGUUACACACACCAACAGACGAAACACCAGGCCAUGAAGAUGAGGGAUUAGCGGAGGUGUGUGCAAGUGUGUGUGUUGGGCAAACACACACACUUGUACAUGUAGCAAAAGUGAACAUCAGCAUGCAGCCUCCGUCUGAGCGGCAGCACGCCCGGCUGAGCAAAUGCAGUGUGAGUGUGUGCACACUGCGGGGCGUGCAGAGCGUAAGCAGCAGUGACACAGAGCCUCCUAUGUCUUGUCUGAUGUGAUUCCAGUGAUAAAGACGGGCGAGAGUGGACUCACCGUCUUCAGGCUGCUUACCAAGGACAACCGAUGGAAGUGGGUCCAGGCCAACGCCAGGCUUGUCUAUAAGAAUGGAAAGCCAGACUACAUCAUUGCCACCCAGAGGCCUUUAGUGUAAGUGCAUGAUGAUUCCAGCUUAGUGCUUCAAAUUUAACUUAUUUAUACUUCAAUGGUUUCUUUUCACGUGUUUUUUUUUUCACAGGGAUGAGGAGGGAGGGGAACACCUGAGGAAGCGGUCGAUGCACCUUCCCUUCACCUUUGCCACUGGGGAGGCACUCCUUUACCAGACCAGUUACCCACUGCAUGGAUUCCCUGACUCUGGCCAGGGUAAAACCAAGGGCAGCAAGUCCAAGAAGGGCAAGCUGGACAAACGCUCCUCUGAUGAGCUGGACCCCAAGUCUCUGCUGGGAGCACUAAUGAGCCAGGAUGAGUCCGUGUAUGUCUGCCAGCCAGAGAUCGAACCUAAGAUGUCUUUCAGCAGCAGCAUUUUCAGUGAGCAGCAGGGGAACAGUGGUCCUCUAGGAGAGCUCUUAAACAGUAAUAGCUGGGGCAUCGUAUCAGGCAGGGAGAUGGAGCGAUGUAGUAUCAAAUCAUCCAGUUUUGAUCCACUGCUUGCUACUCUGGAUUCUUUGUCACUGAACGGAGAGGAAACAUGUUCAAACAGUGAGCUCUUUAGUGCGCUGGAGAACCUGGGCCUGAAUGCUGAGGAUCUGGAACUCUUGUUGCUGGAUGAGAGGAUGAUUCAGGUGGACCUGGACCCCAACCACAUCCCAACACUGAACGACCUUCUCACGAACAAUGAAAUCCUAUCCUAUAUCCAUGACUCCUUGGAAAACGGGACAAAUGGAGAGGAACAAGGAGACAGGAACCCAGACUCAGCCCACAGUGCCGCCCAGCAGUCACAGGCAGGUAUCACACUCUCUGUUCCUUCGGCCCCCUCUAGCUGCAGGACACCCAUAACCCAGCUGUCGCAGCAGAUGCAGCAACACAUCAGUGCUGGGGAGUUGGUUAAAACGUAUCCAGAGCAGGUUCAGUCUGCUUCCCCAACAGGAACAGCUUUAACCGAUAUUCCCAAGGGCAGCUGGGUGGCAACGGCAGAGAACCAGCACCUUCCAAACAACCACACCCAUCCUCACCCACAUCCUGUACUCAAAGCCUCACCACUCAAUGGUGAACAUAAACAUCUCCUGCACUCGAGUCAGCAGUGGCAGUUUCAUCAGGACCAGCACUCAGUCCAGCUCCAGACCCAUCAGCAGUUAAGCAGCUCAAGCUCUCUCCUGCCGGGCCUCCAGAAUCAUCUUGGACUGAAUGGAUCCUUCAUUCCAAACGGACACACAGCCUUUCUGCCAAAUGUGGAAGUCAGCUACACCGGUUACAGUUUCUCCAACUCCCAUCAUCCAGGGGGUGCUGUACUGAAUGGUGCCAAUACACCAGACUUUAGUAACUACCAGGUGGCCAACAUGCAGCCCUAUGAGCUGCAGGUUCACCAGAAGCAACCUCACCAGCAACAGACGCUGCAGCAGACUCAGAUUCCACCAUCCUGUUCACCCCAGUGUCCCAGCCAGAGCUCUGUACUGGAGUUAGAACAGUUACUGGGUCUGUCCCAGCCACAGCACAGCCUGCCAUCACUGGAAACUUACAGCAUGUUCAACGGCACAGCAGAGGACUCCGCCCACAGCAAGGUAAGAGACGAAUGGGAGGAAGGGGUCACGAAGCUUCUGUAACGGCAGUUUUUCAUUUGCUAGAUUAGUUAAUUUGAUAUAAACACAUCUGAGAGUAACACAAGGAAACAAACACCCCCUCCCAGACUGACAGUCUCUGCCCUGUGAUUGACCUUUUUUCUUCUGACUUCUCUGUGAAAUAUUAGUCCCAUAAAAACAGAGUUUGUGCUGCAUGUGCAGGAAAAGGUGAAAAAUGCUUUCCCCUCCUUCAUCCUGAAAUUGAACCAAACUAGAUCCUCCUAUCUUGUUUCUUUUCAUUCUCAAAAUGAGGGAAGCUGCCAGCUCUCCUCAGGAUCUGAGCCCACUGACCGGGCUGAAGUCUGUGUUGCCCCUCAAAUAUCAGAGAAUGUCAACAAACCGAGGGCUGAAGAAUCUAUGAUCCUUCAACCCUGAGCUGUUCUCUUUCUCCGUCAGGAAAAUAGUUUUUUUUCUUUCCAAGUCAGCACACAGAGGCCGCAGGCUGGCAUGGAGCUCAGUGUAAACUGUAAUGAUGUGACCAGACAUGCCAUGAAAAUAAGACAGGGGAGACGGGUCAGAGCAGCGCAGUCCGCAGAACGGAGUCGGCUAGUGAGUAUUCUUCAGAGAGAGUUUGUUUGAGUGGUCAGGUUUCAUUUAUCCUUGAGAAAACUUCACACUUACAAUAAAAAACCGAAUCCGGAUAUUUUAAGAGUCUCUCUGACAAGUCACUGAAACAGAACAGCUAACCAAUCAACUGAAGAUUUGUUGGAUUAUUUUUGACGAUUGGAUGGUCGAACUUAGUGAAGUAGAUACGUUUGUGUUCCAAUUAUUUCAUGAAUAACUGUUAUGACAAAAACCGCGUUUUAAACUUCCAUAGUAAUUAAGAUUGUCUGAUAUUUAAAUAAUAUAAAUAGAGAAUUUUUGCCAUCUCGAUGCUUAAAUAGAGCCCCAACCCACCCACCUACAAGACCCAGAACAGGGUAAGGGUUAAAGAUAAAGGAAUGGCAGUCUUCGAGUCUUAAAUGAGAGUCUAGAAACAUAUUGGUCUAUAUACCAGAUUGUAAAAUGUUCAGGGAAGUCCAACAGAAACUCUUUUCCAGUAAUAACUGAGCAGCCAGGGCUGAGGAAUGCCAUCCUGGAAACUCUUAAUUGGAGCACAAAGACGCUCAUAGCUGGAGGACCCAAGAGAUUCCCAUUGUAAAACAUAACGAGGUAAUGAGUCCAAAGUUUAAAGCAGAAAUUUCUCAGGGCCUCUCACCACUGGUUUGUGUUUCUCUAAAGAAGAACAAAUGUGCUUUGGCAACGGUGGAAAACCCAGAGUCUUCAGGCCCCUCAUCCAACACAUGAACAUUUAAUAGGACAAAUCUUUGUAACACAUGAAUAACAUACGGUGACAUUGACACAAAGUCAACAUAAUGAUUUGGACUCUCCUCCAUUUAUCCUUUUUCAUCAUAAUUGUUUCGCAGUGUUCUGCUCCUCUGAGCAUGAAGGGCAUCGCUGGUGUUUAGAGUGAAAAAACAAACUCACAUACAAACAAAGGAGAUAAAAUGAAACAUGAGAGAAGGGGGCUGAAAAAAGCAGAGAGGCUGGAGUGAGAAAGAGUACAAUAAUGAAUAGAAUAAGGUCGGGACGGGCUCAGAGAUGGCCGACCCUGGCAGGCAUCCAUUCAUCCCCGCCCCAUUCAGCCUCCACUGUUAUUCUUCAGGGUCAGUGACUGUCGCUGAAAGAAAAAUACUGGCAGGCUAGCCAGUGAAGCAUGAGCAGCGCUGACCUACAAUUUGACUGUCAUCAUUACCUAAUGCUGUGAGCGCAGGAUAGAGGGGGAGGCACAGAGAGAGACUAUUCUCAGCUCAGAUACAAUCAGGGCGACGUAAUUUGAUUUUAGGGACUGUGUUCAUUUGAGAGCAAAGUAUAUCAGCAUUGAAACCCAACGUUUUCUCACCAGUACGAACAUUUGACCUCUUCAAUGGGGCAUGGAGAGUGUUUGCCAUACAUUCAUUCAUUAAUUGAUGAAAAAAUUAGAUAAAUCUUGAGUGCAGAGGGAAUAUGAUGCAAACUCAGGUCAUUUGUAAAACAUUGGAAAUGAUCAGGACUGAGUUGUUUUUAUCUCAUACGCACGACUUGAUAUUUGCUCACUGGCCAAACUUCCUGGCAUUAUUUUUACACAAUUUGAGUGUCAACGUUACUGGAAAUGCACUGUACCAGGUGUAUUUCCAAUGUGCAUGAAUAUUUGAAACAUACCACAUCUAUACAGUUUAAUUUUCCUUACUAAUUUAAAUACUGCAAUAAAUAUCGCAGGACAAAAAUAUAUUGUAAAGUCAUUUUUUUCCAAUAUUUUGCAGCCCUAGUAGUUUGUGUUUAAACUGGUAUGUUCACUGGUCAUACUGUUCCUAAAACAAGAAAUGCCCUGACUGGGAUUCAAUCCCUGGACCUUCUUUUUGUGAGGCGACAGAGCUAACCACUACACCACUGUACCGCCUAUCCACACCACUGUGCCGCCCAUUGGUUAUCCUUCAGCAUUGAAAAUUCCAAUGACUCCCUUAUUUUUGUGUGUUCUGGAUCACAGUAUCCAUAAUUUUGUCCGGAUCACCACCAAAAUGUAAUGGGAUCCUCCUGGGGCUGAGACGCACCUCUGGUGAAAAUUUUAGGUCAAUCCGUCUGUAACUUUCUCCGUAAAGUUGCUAACAGACAAACAAACAAACAAACAAACCAACGCUACUGAAAACAUAACCUCCUUGGCGGAGGUUAUAAGACAUUAGAAAUCACUGAAACAGAGAUCAGGCUGAAUCGUUGACCAAGCAGGAAAAUAAAGCUACUGAAACUCUAACCAUGAGUAACUCCUCAUAAAUUAUCCUCAUGACUAAUUCUUGAAUCAGAUUAAUGUUAGAUAAUGAUGUUUUUUAGGGAUUUAUCUCAUGUCACAAGCAGAUAUAACAGACACUUUCUGUUUUUGGUUUUCAGUUGGAGAAUGGUUGCCAUCUCAGUGCCACUAAUGCAGCGUACAUCCGGACGUGUUUGAUGCCCAAUGGGAAUGAAGUUGUGCCUGGCAACAUCCCUGUCUCCUGCCCAGAAGGACUACCCACCCUGCAAGACCCCCAGAAGUCUGGAUUCUUACUCUGAAAAGACAGAAGCUACAUUUUAGACAAGGGUGAGAGGAGAUGAGCAGGUACAGAAGGAAAGGCCUUUUUUCACGAAAACGAGGGGAAAAAAUCUUUAGAUUACACAACUGUCUAAAUGUUAUUUCUCUUUACUUUUGAUGGCAUCUUAUCUUAGAAAAAAAGAAGUGGUGUUACUUUUGUCACUCUGUGUGUUGUGGGCACACUGCAAUCUGACAGUCAGGCGUUUACUGUUUGUUUAUUGAUUUAACUUCAGCUCCUGAGCCAAAUGCAUCACCUUCUGAUCGGGCUUAAGGCUGGCUACUUCACACCAAAGGUCUCUUUAAUCUGCAUCACGCUGAUACUGAAGUCUCAGAGCUCAGAGUUUCUACACUGAUAGUUUCAGCUCUGAACUUUUCAGAUUGGAUUGAUGCCCUUUCAUUCUUGAACCAAUUUUCAAACAUAUCCUUUAUUUCAGAUUGUUUCCCUACUUUUCAAGGGGCUGUCGUUGUGUGAAAUGAUUUUAUACACGAUAUGUUGUCCCGUAAGACAGUAACGCACAAAGAGAUAGAGGUGCAGAAAACCUGAAUUUUAAGAAGACACUUCUUGACACUCGUUUGUGUCUUUUGGCGAUGCAAAUCUUCAAGUCUUCAAUGUCUUUCUUUUGACGAUGGCAUGCUUUUAAAAAACAGGCCUGUGGGUACAAUAAUAACAAAAAGAUUGGCAGUGAAGUGAAACCACAAGAGAAGGUUUUGAAGUGUGUGUCAAUAACAGAAUUCAAAAACACAAACUUCGUCUUCGUGGUAAACGUUACACGGGUAACUCAAGCUGCUGUCAUUACCGUACUAAUCACUAGACACGGCUGCUCAGUUUUCCUUUUUGCAUUUAUUGAUGCCCAGUGUUUCUCUGAAGACGUUCCUACAAACCGCCACGAGAUUCAGACGAAACAAACCAACAAAUUAUUUAAACCUCAGUGUUUGUCACUUAGAUGUAGAAGACCUGUAGGGUUAGUAGAUGUUUAUUCUGGUGCUUUACGUGUCAACAAACAGCAUUUCAUUCUUAAUAUUGUUCAGAUGAGAUUUUAAAACCCUGAAGGAAGAGCAGAAGUUUUUAUUUAUUGCUGCUGCCACAGGAGCAGCACCACUUUGUCGAUACUAAUGCUGCAUUUUAGCCUGUUUGAGGUUUACAUGAUGUUGUGCACUUACACGUUUAUACCGACAGAAUCAGAAAGGAUCUGAUUUGUAUGUCAACAGCACUGAAAUCAAGCAUAACAAAGCAUUUUGUGUUUCCUGUUCGGAGACAGUGUGAAAAUGUCCCGUGAAUGCCUUGUCUCAUCAGCCUCAGGCAAGUCGAGACUCUCACUCACUUUCUCAUGCAGUUGUGUCGUUGGGGAAACAGUGCACUUACAUGCACACAGUUAUCCAUUAAGGACCUAAUUAUGAAUAAUAGAUUAUAACUCUGGGCCGGAAAGGAAUUGCAUGUAAGUAUUUCUCAAGUUUGGUUUCCUGUGAUCAUGAUUGAGAGGAUAUGAAAGACCCUGUUUUUUUCUGUCUUGUGGAGACUGAAACCAAACCAUGUUAGUCCAGUCUGACCUAACAGAAAAAUGGACACUAGCUCUAAACUACAUGUCCUGAAAGUGUUUGACCUUCCACUGCAGUGUGAAGUCAAGUGUCAUGAGUUGGAAGAAAAUAAAAGAAACACCAUUUCAUUGUCCAACUUUAAAAGGUCUGCCGCUGAGACAUUUUUGUAUCUUUGUCGUUUUGUUUUGAAUGAAUUUCUCCAAGUGAGUAAAGACUAAACAACAAAACAAGAACAGUUUUUUAAGAUGGGACUACAUGAUUCAUAAGCUCAACUACUGGACCAGAGAUGGACUCUGCGUUCAUGUCAUACCAAGAAGAGAUUUGGCGUUUUGCUUGAGGUCAUUAUUAAGAAAGUGGAGUUCAUGUUUUAUAAAGUCAUGAGCAGCAGUUUGACCAGUUAUCCAAAAGUGUUUAAGUUUUUUUUUUUAUUACCACAGGCUUAAAAAGUCAUUUCACUGUGCUGAUAGCUGUUCCCCUGACAAGCCCAUUAGCUUGAAGAUGGUUAAAGAUCUGCCCUCUAUUACUCUGGCCCUCAACCAGUGAGUGAAGUGACGCUAGAGUUAUAUUCAGAUUGGGCACUUUAACUGGACUACUGUCCUUGUCCCAGUAAACAAACACUGUGACAAUAUGUCCCCUUUAAGCUGGUAACUGGACCUUCGCCUGGCUCACCUGUUAGAUCUCAUACCAAAAUAAUCCACACACAAGUUAGAAAGAGGCUAAUGAGUUUGCAUGUCGACCUUACAUCUCUGCACUUUCGUUCUUCGCUCUACUUUUGAUUAAAAUGAGAUAAACAUUAUCUCCGAGAUCAGGCAUAUUUAUUCAUGAACCAAUUUUGGUGACGAUCUGGCUUACCUUUUCACAUUUACGCUGAUAGACCUCCAGGUCAAAAUGUGCAUGCACAUAAUCCCCAGUCCAGAUUAAAUUCAAUGAACGUGUGUAAAUGUCGACUCCAAGAAGUCAACUUUUUUUUAAGGUCCAGUUUCAGUCAGACUAAUGCAGUAGCUUGCUUUUUUUCCCAUCAUGUAAUCACACUCUCAUUCCUGGUUUGACAUGAACGCAGUAUUCAUCAGACUGAAAAACAAACUCUAGACUGAUGGACUGAUUGGCUGGACGACAGACUGGACAGCAUUUAGCAUUUAGCACCGACUUGAAAACCAAACGAAAAAAAAACGUGAACACACGUGUCUGCAGUUGCUCCAUUGUUGAAUGUCUUGUGUAAAACUGUAAAGGCGUUUAAAACAUGAAGCUUUUAUCUCACUAUGAAAAGGUGCUUCAAGUGAAUCCUCAACCCUGGUAGAAAAGAGAUGCAUUUACAGGUUUUUCCUCUUUUUUUUGUAGUCUGACUUUUUCUUAUAAAAUAAAUAAUAACUGAUCAAAAUGUUGAUCAAAUGUAUGAAAUGAAAUCUUAGGACAUGACAAUCAUUUUCAUGGCGCUUUAAAAACAAAAGAAAAAUGGUUCUGUGUGUAUAGAUGUUGUUGUUUUUUUUUACUGUUGUUGUUGCGAGCACUACUUUGAAAUCACAGCUCUUACAAACUCUUUCUCCAGCACUGAAAGUAGUCUUGUAGUAAAAAGAAGCAUUUUAUGACUCUGUGUUGUACAAAUGAUAUUGUGUGUUAUAUCUUUGUGUUAUGUUUGAAGACACUUUAGCUCAAACGAUAUGGUGCCAUAACAGUAAUACAGGCCUGUCCGUUGUUCUGUAUGUGAAGAAACACUUUUUCUGAUAUUUAAGUUUCUUCAAAUCCACUUUUUUUCCACAAGAAAACAUUAAAAAGGACCUGUUUUAUACCUUCAUUUCAUUAUCAGCCAUUUUGUUGAAGUUGUAUUUGAACCAAACUGUCCA